UGCAAGGACCACCACAACGUCAGAAGAAAAUGGCCCAGGCACAUUCUGCACAGAUCCAGCAGGAUCUCUUGGCCUCUGAUCAAGAAAGCCUCUACAGAGAAGUGAUGCAAGAGAGUUUUAACACCAUCUUCAGAGCCUCUCCUCUUCAGCUUCAAAAAUCUGAACUCCUUGCACAUCUGAAACGAGGGCAGGAAGACUGGGUCCAAGAUCUCCAGAGCUCCAGCAAUGGUGCUGAUCAAAGGCUAGUCAAAGGAGGCCUGAAGAAAUGGCCAGAAGCAGGAACCUGGUGGAAUUCCUAUCGGAGUCCUGUGAGCGUGCCCACUUCUGAUUCAUCUAGUUCAGAUGAUGAAAUUGCAAGUGAGAAGGAAGAGGAGGAGAACGUUCAGUGGGAGAGUCAGCGGAUUGCGAAACCCCGUGCUGCUUUGCUAGGCAAAUGGGAGAGCGCUCACAGGCAGGGGAAAGGCUGCAAGGCUCAGCACAGCCGCCUGCAGGAGGGUCGCACCAGUAUUAAUUGUGCUGAUGUGAAAAAGAAAGGCCUUGUUGCUUGCAGUAAUAGCCAGCAAGGAGUUAACGCUGAAGAGAGCCAGAACGAAUGCUCUGUAUGUGGGAAAAUAUUUGGCAGGAGAUCAUCCCUAAACAGACACUUCAAAAUCCACAGUGGAGACAAACCUUUUAGAUGUUCCAUCUGUGGCAAAUGUUUCCUGGUGAAAACCAGCCUGGUUUUACAUAAAGAAAGUAUGCAUAAAAAAAGAUCCCGCUCAAGAAAGAAGUUUUGGGAAUGUCACGAGUGUGGACAGAACUUUGCUCUGAAAGCCUUUCUCAUGGAGCAUAAAAAGAUGCAUGCCAGUGAAAAAGCAUAUCCGUGCCCUGUCUGUGAGAAAAGCUUCACGGAAGUCAGGUCCCUUAUUAAACAUCUUACGGCCACUCACUCAGGGGAGCAUGUCUUUACGUGCCCUGUCUGUGGAAAAGGCUUUAUGAAGGAGAAAGAUCUCACGAGGCAUCAAGGAAAGAACCAUGGGAAUAGCAAUUGCUUUCUAAGUCUGGACAGUGAAAAGAGCUGCGAGGAAAAAUCGUCCCCCAUCAAACACAAGAGACUGAACCACGAGAUGCCUGUUCCAGAGACAAUGUCUUGCACGGCAUAUGAAGGAAAUGAUCUGAUAGGACAUGCCUACACCUGCUAUUAUUGUGGCAAAUCUUUCAAGCAGGAGAGAUCUUUCAUUAAUCAUCAGAGUGCGUGCAUGAGAGAGCAGCAAAACAAUGAAGGAAGAAGUGUCCUCAAGGAAGAUGGUCUGCUCACUAAAAACCAGAUCACCCACGUGGAAAUGAAAGAUAACACAUGCUUUGACUGUGGAAAACCGGUCUGCAAAAAUUCACCGGUGGCCUCUCAGCCAAAAACGGACGAGGAAAAGAAUCUGCACGUGUGCCCUGAAUGUGGGAAAAGCUUUAAAGACAGCCAGUGUUUUGCAAACCACCUGAGAAGCCACAAAAAGGCACCUUCUCAAAAUGCCUCUGAUUGGGAGGGCCUUGAGGAAAAAACACUGCCCGUUGACCAGCAGGAAACGCAGCAGAAGGAAAGCCGCUACCAGUGCCCAAGCUGCAGGCGGGAUUACUCAACUCAUUAUAAUCUCAGGAGGCAUCAGCAAAUCCACACGGAAUGCCGGUCCAGAAGAAAUGCUCACAAGGGAAAGGAUCCCGCCUACAGCUGGUUCUUCCUUGACUUUCAGAAAGCCUGUGGCAAAGAACCGGCCUAUCAGCACAAAUGCACUUACUGCGGGAAGGCGUUCAGAACGAAAAGCACCCUCAGUAGACAUCAGCAAAUCCACAUCAAAGGCAAGCCUUAUAAAUGCAACAUCUGCGGGAAAGCCUUUAUGUACAGGUAUACCCUUGCUCAUCACCAGGAAGUCCAUCUGGAAGACCAGCUCUAUCAGCAUAAGUGCUCUUUCUGUGGGAAGGCGUUCAGGACCCAAUCAGCCCUCCGCAGACACCAGCAGCUGCACAUGGAAGGCAAGCCUUAUAUAUGCAACAUCUGCGGGAAAGCUUUUGCUUACAGAUACAACCUUACCCAUCAUCGGGAAAUACACAUAGAAGGACAGAUUCAUAAAUGCUCUUUCUGUUGGAAAGCCUUCCGAACCAGUUAUUCCCUCAAUAGGCACAAGCGGAUCCACACCGAGACAAGGUCCUAUCAGUGCCCUACCUGUGGGAAAGCCUUUGGAACAAAAUAUUCCCUUUGCAGACAUCAGGAGAUGCACGUGAAAGAAAAUUCAGAUAGUUUGUUUGGCAGGAAAGAGACUGAGGACAACUUGGUCAAAGGUCAAGCUAGCAAUAGCAGUGACAAUGUGGACAAACAGGUGGCAGUCUACCCUCAAUGCCAGGGAGUCCACAAGGGGAAAAACCCUCUUGCAGGUUCUGGGAAUACGGGUAGGUCAGACCUCCCCAAUCAUCAAAGCACCCGUGUAGAAGAAAAUGCUGUUAAACAGUUGGGCGGUCAGACUUUCAGGAAUGUUGGUCCGGUGCUUAAAGAUCGAGGCAGGCCUACAAAAGGAGAGCUCCGGCAGUGGACCAACGGUUCAGUGUAUGCAGGACAGGGAGUCCAAAUGGAGGAACAUCCCCCAAGGUCCUCUGAGAAUGGGGAAAUCUCCCCAGUCCACUUGGGAGACCAUCCCAUUAAAGAGCCAAGUGAUUGGUGUUUCCUGGGUAAAUUGCCUGACGUUGAUCAACAAGGAAUGACCCCACAGAAAAAAAAAUGUACUUGCCCCGAUUGUGGGAAAUUCUUUAGAGAUAAAUACUCCCUUACAAGACAUCAGAAAAUCCACAUUCCUGAGAGACCCCAUCAGUGCCCGAGGUGUGAGAAAACUUUCCGCAGUUCUAAAGACCUUGAAAAGCAUCAGGUAACCCAUUCGGAUCUUAGGCCUCAUCAGUGUGUUGAAUGUGGAAAAUACUUCAAGACGAAAUCGUCGCUGGAGAAGCAUAAGAAGAUCCACAAAGGGGAGAAGCCAUACUGCUGCUCGUAUUGCGGCAGAAGAGUGACUACAAAAACAAUUCUUCGGUAUCAUCAGAGAAUCCACACCGGGGAGAGGCCAUACAAAUGUACAGUGUGUGAUAAAAGUUAUGUGACCAGAUGGUCCCUUAAAAAACAUUUGGAGUUGCAUUACAAAACAACUCUGCCAGGGGGCCCUCAGAAAGCAAAUCAGCUUGAUCGGAAAUUUUAAGGUGUCUCCGUGACUUGUGGGUGAAGGAAUGGGACUCUUUUCUGAUACACAAAUGUUGUUGGAGGCCUUUUGGGAUAGGCCUGGGUUGAAACAUCCACCUUUAAAAUGCCCAGGUUCUUUCUAUACGCAGUGGUGACCAGCUACCUCAGAAACAGAUUUUUGAAUGUACUUUACCUUUCCAGACUCAAAUCAUCCGGAUAUCUUUACUCAAAAAAUGGACAUCUGUGUCAUAAAGAGCCCGUAAUAAAGAGGCUCCAUUUACUUUGAAGGAGUGAAUGGGACUGAGAACUCGGAUGCUGGAAAAAGUGAUAAGAGCAUCGUGAUCCUACAAUUAGAAGUUGUGGCAGUGAUGAAUGGAAGCUGUCUUUUAUUUCUUAACAUGGUCUCCCCCGUGUAAAAGCAAGUGUGUUAAAAUAACUCCUCUUCUGCAGUGUGCAUAUGUGAAAAAAUGAAAGACAUGGGACAAUUUUCUCAAAAUGUUUUAAGAAGUGUGGGUGAGGUUAUAGUCUUGUUUUCAUAAUGAAAAUACUGCUGGUUUAUGCAGUGAAUGAAAAACAGAUAAAAAACAAAGUUUUUCCAAUGCACUUUGUGAUGCAAAGAAGGCAUUCAAGGGUCAGAUAUAUUAAAUCUUCCAAAUGUUAGGAAUUCACAUUUUGGAAUCUAUAGUAAAUAAUACAAAACAGGUUUCUGUACAUUUUAGAGCACGUUUGAAAUUGAAAUUCAUUGUUUUAGCUUCGGUAAAGUAAUUCAGAAGUUAACUGACACCCCGUUUCUCUUGCCUGCUGGCCCCACUGGCGUGUUACACUUGACGGGGAAGAAGGAAUCUCAAGUUAUUGCAUUAAUUUGGAGCUGGCAAGGAAGAUGCAGACCAUAGGAAGGCCUUGCCUUAAACAGGAGAGAUCUACUAGUAUGCUCUUUCUGCUGCAAGCAGAUGUUUUACAGGCAAUAGCCAAAGUUUGCUUUCUUGGAUGACCCUCCGCAUCAUUCUCAGCCAUGCUUGCUUGAGAUGAUAGGAGCUGUAAAGAUCUGAAGCCGCAAGGAGUGGAAAGUCCCAGUGAUAGACUGAUACCAAAUACUGAAGUACGAAAUCAGAAUUCUCUGAUUAUUUUUUUUUUAAUGGAAAGUCCCCGUGGCAACGGCGAUACCAAAUACUGAAGUAUAAAGUCAGAAUCGUCGGAUUUUUUUAAUAUGUAAGGGCCCUAACCUAAUUGAUUGUAUGAAGUCUGUCUUAAACAAAACCUUUGUCAGUCGGGAAUCUUGCAUGGACAUUUCAUGGCUGUAGCUGUUUUAUUGGGAGAAUUGCAAUUUGCUUCAGGUUAUCAAGUAAAUUGUGAAGUUGCAUUAUUUCUA